GUCAUCUAUCACACACUUCGCACGGGACCUCGAUUCCGCAUCUUUGGCCAUGUGCACUCGUUGGUGCACAAGGAGGGUCAUGCUCACACAGGCCUCUUCCGCAAGGCUCUCUGGCCGAUGAACUACGUGUGGGAGUGGUGGGUCGGCCCAUUCUACGGCGUGGUUCCGAACAGCUACAGCAUCGCUCACAUGAAGAUCCACCACCGCUGGCAUAACGACGUCGAUGACGUUCACACGAACUUGGAUCUAGAUCGGACGAAACUCUCCUCGUUCUUUAUCUACACCCCGCGCUUCAGCUUGUAUUGGAUGGGCAUCAGCCCUGUGGCGCUCUUGGCGAAGCGCCGGGAGUGGGUCCUCGUCAGGCAGUUGCUGUAUGGAAUGGUGACGUACUACGGCUUCACGCUUCUUCUUUUCCUUUGGAGCCCGACUUUCUGCGUCGUCUACUGGGUCUUCUGUCACCUCGAAGGCCCUGAUCUCAUGGCUUCUAAGAACGAAGCCCCUUAA